CGAUACGAAUAUGUUCAUCAUUCGAAUGAUAAAUAAUGAUUUAUCUCUGAUAUAUAAGUGUGGACUAAAAAGAUUAGAGUAUAAAUUGACACUCAACGCUGACGAUAUUCGAACCAUGAAGCUCGUCUUGGGGGUGACUCUUGCUAUCCUAGCCUUGGCUCAUGCCGGGGUUCUUCGUGAAGCUGACCACGAGUACAUGUACAUUCCUGACGACCAGGGUGUCGCACAUCUCGUUGACUUGCUCGAGAAGGGUGAAGACUUGACAGGAUUAUCUUCGGGAGACGAAGUUUUUACCCGCAAUGUUAAAACGAUAACAUUCAAUCUCUUUACACGGAAAAAUCCGACCGCAGGUCAAAAUCUGACCUUGAACUCUAUGACCAGCGUUCGCGAAAGUAACUUCCAUAAUAAUCGACCUACUAGAUUCAUAACUCACGGAUGGCGGUCCAGUCAGUUUUCAGAUAUCUGUGUCGUGAUCCGCGAUGCCUACUUGUCCAAGGGCGAUUACAAUGUCAUUGUCGUUGACUGGAGUUCAAUCGCUGGGUCAUUUUACAUCAGUGCAGCUCCCAGCGUUCCGGGUGUCGCAAACGGAGUAGCUCUAAUGAUAAACUUCCUUAGCGCGAAUGCUGGACUCAACCUCGAAACUACAAAACUCAUCGGACACUCUCUAGGUGCUCACGUUGCUGGAAUUGCUGCUCGAACGGCUCUCGGAACAAUUGAUGCUGUCAUCGCUCUUGAUCCGGCACUUCCACUUUUCAAUAACGCCGAACCUGGCAGCAGAGUCCAUCGCACAGACGCUGCUCACGUCCAGGUGAUUCAUACAAACGGAGGAUUCCUCGGAAUUAUGGAUGCCAUUGGCGACACUGACUUCUAUCCAAAUGGUGGAAGUAGCCAGCCCGGAUGUGGUCUCGAUCUCGUAGGAUCCUGCGCUCAUUCUCGCUCCUACCUUUACUUUGCUGAAUCGAUCCUAAACCCGACUGGAUUUCCUGGUACCGCACAACGUACUUCAGUCUUUAAAGCCCUUGAUCCGAAUCACCGUGUAUACAUGGGCGAAAGGACUUUUGAUAAAGAUGCCUAUGGCAACUUUCACCUACGUACCGCUAGGCAGGCUCCCUUUGCUCUGGGAUAACAUGACGUUUAUCGAAGUAAUAUCCAAUUGUUAUAACACUCGACAAAUAACAAUGCAACAAUACUCGCUCGCCGAAUCAUGAA